GACCUUACCGCCAUAUUGAAUACAAACAUUCAGAAAAAUAUUAUCGGAGUACAUAUUUUCCUUGUUUUCUCUGUAUUUAUGGAUGAUAGGAGAAUUUUGAUGAUGAAGUGAGUUGGGGAAACAUGCCACGACGGGUAUGGUUGCUGGUGGUAGCGAUUGUAGCCUCAAGCUACAUUCAAAGAGCCACAUGUGAGAAAAAAAUCCGGAUCGGAUUUUUGGGAUGUAAGUUCAGUGCAGUUUGCCGUACUGAUGAAGUCUGCAUUAACGAUCGCCUGUUUGGCAACUGUCAGCCAAAGUCAGCUCUCCAGGACAACUAUAAAUACUUCCUUGACCUGGAUACCCUGAAAGUCCUUGAGGAAGGCAUAUACAACCUCAUCCUUAGUGGCCUUUCCUGGGAGAGCUUCUACACACAGUGUGUUCUCCAGAGCAUUCUUGUAGCAUACAGGACAGAUCGACAGCCAGACCUGAGCUAUUGUAACGCUGCCACCGAGCAGUCAGAUAAAGCCUUGGAUGAAGAUGCUCUGCAAGUUUUGGCGGAUUACUUCAAGGAUUACUAUGAUGAUAUUAAUAAUAGCUUACGUGUUGUAGAAAAACAAUCUGAGGAUUAUCCAGAUUUUAAUGCUGAACCUCUUCCUUAUGAUAAAAAAGAUGAGCUUGUGAACUUACAUAAAUAUCAACUUCGGGGCUCUGAUGGUGGCUUUGAUGUUGAUAACAUUUUGGCCCUUCCUCCUAAAAAAAAUUAUGACACUUCCCAGAAUUAUGACUUGACAAAAGAAUCUCAGAAUGGUGAUGAUAUUGAUUUGGACGAAAUCCUCGAAAAUGCUGACCCUCGGGACUUGUUUGUGCUGAGAUCGUACCUGAGUACAUUGAAGGAUCUGGUAGAGGAGUCGCCAGCUCCCAUGGAUGGAGAUUCUAAGGCCCCUGGAGGUGAGGAAAAUGUGGCCACUGGGGAUGAGGCUAAGGAACAUGGUGGUAACAGUGCAGAAGAACAGCAGUCGCCCAUUAGUAAAGAGGAGGGUGCAGAUAUCCCAGCAACUGGUACUGAUAACAAGGCAACGAUGGAGGUCCUCGACAAAUCCUGGCAGCGAACAAGUGAGGAAAUGUCUCCCAAGGAUGCAAAGAUGCUGCAGGAUCUGAUGGCAGGCAAAGUUAAUGUUGAUCUACUCACUGAUGACGAGGUGGACAGACUGACAAGAUACGUAACAAUGAUGCUAAGAGAGGAAGAAGCACCCAUUGCUGAUGAUGAGGCUGUAGCUGAUGAGAGAGGUGGUACUGCUCAGGAGGAAAUUGAAGAUGAGGUUGCAGCUGGCGAGACAAACCCUCUGAACUUGGAGUAUGAUGGGGAUACAAAGGGACCUGUGGCCAAGCACAAGGUCACUGUGGCUAUACACAGUCAGAAGAAGUCAGAUGUUAUUGACCAGCAUGAUCACACAUUUGAAGGAAACAAAAGUGCCGCAGCAGAAUAUCCAUCAACAAUAAAUAAUCCAGAGCCAAGUCAGCCCAAGGAGGAGCCAAACUACAAUGUUGUGGAUACCAACUAUGCUUACAUCAAAGUUAAGAAUGGGUUCCAAAAUGAGAUGCAGGGAAUCAACAUGGUGGAGGACCUUGCUGGAAUGACAAAACUGCCCCAAGCUUAUAUAUCAAACAUAGAGGUGAACAACAACACUCAGACAGUAACCUUUAAGGUGAACCCUCAGAAUCCCCAGCAUUUGAAUGCGUCCAUCAUUGCGUCUCAAGCCAUGGCUCACAAGGGAGAUCUACUGGAGAAGUCUGGCCUGGACGUGCAGGAGACCGGACUGGGGCAGAAAGAGGCCCAGAUCAAUAUGGCUGACCAUGACCAGUCCACUCCCAAGUACUUUGUUUUGACAUUUGUCAUCAGUGGCUGCAUUGCUGGAGUGGUGAUCGCUGUGGUUGUCAUCUACCUGAUCAAACGUCACACACGAUCACGAGAAAAACUUCAGCAACUCUCCGCAACUCCUGCUGGAACUGAGGGCACCUCUAAAGACUAUUCGGACUUGUGUCGCCAGCACAUGCAGACAAAAGCAUCCGAGAAGCCUGAACCGCUUCACGUUGCUACAAGAAUCGGUAGCGUCGGUGACAAGCCAGAAAAUAGUCCCUCUAGCAGAAGUAGUACAUCAUCAUGGAGCGAGGAGCCUGUCAUCUCCAACAUGGACAUCUCUACUGGCCACAUUGUCUUGUCAUAUAUGGAGGACCAUUUGAAGAACAAAGACCGUCUGGACAGUGAAUGGGAAGGAUUGUGUCGUUACGAGGCUGAGCCAAACAGUUGUGAUGUCGCCAAGGAAGAGACCAAUCAGAGCAAGAACAGAUAUGCCGAUGUUCUCCCAUAUGACCACUCCCGUGUUGUACUCAAUACUGCGACUAACAUAGCUGACUCUGACUACAUCAAUGCUAGCUCUAUAACGGAUCAUGACCCACGGAACCCUGCCUACAUUGCCACCCAGGGACCCCUUCCACACACUGUAGCAGACUUUUGGCAGAUGGUAUGGGAGCAGGGUAGCGUGGUGAUUGUCAUGCUUGGGAAGAUGACAGACAAUGGUGUUGCCUAUUGCCAUAGAUACUGGCCUGAAGAAGGAAGCGACCUUUAUCAUAUAUACGAGGUUCACCUGGUAUCGGAGCAUAUCUGGUGUGACGACUAUCUGGUGCGUAGUUUCUAUUUGAAGAACUUGCAGACUAAUGAGACACGAACUGUCACACAGUUCCACUUCCUCAGCUGGCCUGAUAAUGGCAUACCCAGCUCCGCAAAAGCUCUAUUAGACUUCAGGAGAAAGGUGAACAAGUCCUAUCGUGGCCGCUCCUGUCCUAUAGUGGUACACUGCAGUGAUGGCAUGGGACGCACUGGGACUUACUCUCUCAUAGAUAUGGUCUUGAACCGCAUGGCUAAGGGAGCCAAGGAGAUUGACAUUGCUGCUACCUUGGAGCAUAUCCGUGACCAGAGAAUGUCAAUGGUCAAGACUAAGGAACAAUUUGAGUUUGUGCUUUCCGCUGUUGCUGAGGAAGUCCAUGCUAUCUUGAAAGCUCUCCCCCAGUAAUAACAUCUUCACUGGAUGAACAGUGAUCACAUCUGUGCUAUAUGUAACAGUGAUCCCAUUUUAGCUGUUUGAACAGUGGCUACCAAGAAGUCCCGAUAAGACGAAGUGCAAUCUAAUAAACACUGGCAUAUCUACAGACAUAUAAUGGCUCCAUUAUACGUUCAACAAAACAAAUAAUCAUCUACACCCAUUGAAUGUUUCGUUUCUUAAGAGUGACUGAAAUGAUGUUAAGAAGAAAGAAAUAUGUGGACUGUAUGUUUUGUGAAAAUGAAAGCCGAGUUGUAAAACGGGUCGCAAACCAUGCUUUUGUCACGUCACAUGAUCUGUCAUGUGACGUGCAUGGAAACAGGAUUUUCAAGGCAAAUUUGAGUGAAUUCUAAUUAUGUGAUUUAUUUUAAAUUGAUAUGAUAAGGUUUUACCUUGGUAAUCAUAAAUACAUGCAGUCUAAUGCAAAUCUACAAGAAAUAUCUCAAAUUGAGGGUACUGCUUUAUAGUUAAUGUCACCAUGUUUUGAGGGAUGUGCAUUAAACUGUAUGCUAUGGAAUUGAAAAAUUGAGAAACUUUUGCAAAGAGAUUGCUAAUCUCCUACAUUCCAAAACACAGAAAUUAUUUGUAUAUUUUGCUGAAGCUGCUCUAUCUUAACCCUUUAUUUUCUGAAGGUGUCUUACAGAUAAUAAUGUUGUAGUGCCAGCUAGUCUAGUAAGGGAUGGUGUCCAAGUGUUUACCAUUGUGAAAAAACAAAGUUUAAUUAUAAAGUGGGAGGUGGUAAAGGUGGAGGUGGUACAUUAGUAAAGAAUGUUAUUUUAGGAAAAUUCAAGUUGGAUAAAAAUCAACAUUUUUGGAUUUCAUUAUUUUUGGGAGGGUCAGGGUUAAACAUUUUUUCACAACUGUCUGCAUUAGGACACAUCUCUAAGUAGAACAAUAAAAUAUUAAUUUGCAUUUAAUUAUCCUAAAAAUAAAGCUGAAGUGCAAUAUUUAUUAUAUAUAGGCUCUAAAAGAGGCACACGAUAAGUGUGCAUUGGAAGAAGACUUAUAUUCGCAACAUUUUUGUUAAGAGUAAAAGAUGUAGGUCCCUCUUAAGAUCUAUCCAUAAGCGAAUCAUAAAGGAGUCAAAGUUCUCCAAAUGAGGUAGUAUAUGUUCAAUCGGUAUGACAAUUAUUCAAAUUGUUGCAAAUGAAUAGUUACAAAUGUUUCAAAUUAUGGUUAUUUGACACAGUGGUGAAAUUAAGAGUUUCUGGAACUAGUAUACAAUGUAAGUCUUUGAUAUGUAAUAAUUGUCUGUUAGGACCUUUAUUUGAUGUAUUAACACAUGACCGCCGGCGUGCCAUGACAACAUUGUAGAAGGACAGGUUGAUUCCAUGAAAAUGAAAGCAAUUAUGAAGUAAGAUAUAGUUACAGGGAGACAAUUAUAUAUAUGUAGUGAAACACUUGCAGAUGUAGCAAAUCAUUGAUUAAGUUCACUUUUUGUAUUUUUGUGUAACAGCUAGAUGUUUCAUCCCCACUUGUUAUUUCUAGUCAUUCUACUACUUGUGCUAUAUUUCAACUGGUACUAUAUUCUACUGGUAUUAUAUUUCACCCUGUGUGCAGUGAAAAGAGCAGAAAGUACAUUAGAGAUGAAUAAUGGAUGAGUCUGUAUGAAGAAACAGCAUAGUAAAAUACUUUAUCAGCUUUUAAGUUAUUCAAAGUUCGAUCAUCUUGGUGCUAUAUUUGUUCAAAAACUACUUCUAUAUAGCUUUGAAAUCUCGCUAAUUC